AUAAGACACGCGCGAAGCGAUUUUCUGGGAUUCUGUUGCAACGGCGUUUCCUCAGCUGAAAGUGGUUUCGCGAGGUGAAGCAAGGCGGUAUCGUGACGGUGAAAGCGGUUUUAGAUUACGGUGUUUGUUUGGAUCUGGCGAUUGUUAUGGUGUUACGAAGAGGCGGAGGCAAGUGAAUUAGAAGUGAAGUUUUGAAGAGUCAAGCAGUCGAAUCGUGUUAAUUAGAUUGUUUAAGUGUAUACGAUACUAUAUAUUAAGUGAAGGAUCAGAUCGGUUGGGACUUUGGAGGUUUUUGAAAUUCGCUGCUGCUUGUUGUUGACUUGGAGAGUUAGAGAGAGUUCAAUGACGGCGAAUCUGGGAGAGUCGUUUUCGCAGACAAAUAAUGUCUCACCUGAAGGAAAUGGAGGCGAUGAUCUGUACACGGAGUUAUGGAAGUUAUGUGCCGGACCACUGGUUGAGGUUCCUCGAGCUAACGAGACAGUGUAUUAUUUUCCUCAAGGACAUAUGGAACAGUUGGAAGCGUCCACGAAUCAGGAGUUCAAUCAGAGGAUUCCGAUGUUUAACCUUCCAUCAAAGAUUCUUUGCCGUGUCGUUCACAUUCGGUUGCUGGCUGAAAAAGAAACUGAUGAAGUUUAUGCACAAGUAACUUUGUUGCCGGAUCCAAAUCAAUCCGAGCCAACAACCCCUGAUCCUUGCCCUCCUGAGUCUCAAGGACCUACUGUCCAUUCAUUCAGCAAGGUGUUAACUGCCUCAGAUACAAGCACCCAUGGAGGGUUUUCUGUUCUUCGCAAACAUGCCACUGAAUGCCUUCCUAAACUUGACAUGAACGAGGCAACCCCAACCCAGGAGUUGGUUGCUAAGGAUCUUCAUGGCUAUGAAUGGCGUUUUAAGCAUAUUUUCAGAGGCCAACCAAGGAGGCAUUUGCUCACAACAGGAUGGAGUACGUUUGUAACUUCAAAGAGAUUAGUAGCUGGUGAUUCUUUCGUCUUUUUGAGAGGGGAAAAGGACGAGCUACGUGUUGGAGUGAGGCGUGCUGUUCGGCAACAUAGCAUCAUGCCAUCAUCAGUGAUUUCAAGUCAGAGCAUGCAUGUUGGAGUGCUUGCAACUGCAUCUCAUGCAGUUUCAACACAAACCCUCUUUGUUGUCUACUAUAAGCCGAGGACGAGUAGGUUCAUCAUUGGGUUGAACAAAUAUUUGGAGGCUGUUAAAAAUAAGUUUACUGUUGGCGUUAGAUUUAAGAUGAGGUUUGAAGAGGAGGAUUCUCCUGAGAGAAGGUUUGCUGGCACAAUCGUUGGGGUUGAAGAUUUUUCUCCUCACUGGAAAGAUUCAAAAUGGAGAUCACUGAAGGUACAAUGGGAUGAACCUGCCUCUAUUCCAAGACCUGACAGGGUUUCACCAUGGGAGAUAGAACCCUUUGCUGCUCAUGUUCCACCAUCUCUGGCUCAACCGGUUGCAGCUAAGAACAAAAGGCCUCGACCACCUGCUGAAAUUCCUGUCAUAGAUAUAUCUUCAAAAGCAUCAUCUCCUUGGAAUUCUGGAGUUGUGCAUUCCAUUGAUCUAACGCCACAAAACAUUCCUGCUGAAGCAAAAGCAAAUGAAAAUCCUGUCAUGUGGCACCGAAUGCAGACAGAGAUGAGCAGUAGUUGCAGCUCUGUUACCAAGACUCCAAAUGAAGGAAGUUGGCUAUCUUCUCCUGGCAUGAGCGUUUCCCAUCAUCUGUUUCCUGAUGCAAGAGAAGAUAAAACGAGAUUAUCUGAUUGGCCUAUUCCUCCAGGUUUUUCAAAUCCACAGCUCAACCAGAAUUCAACCUUUGAUCCAAUUGAAAAGUUAAACAGAUCAGAGACAACUGCUAGUUGCCGAUUAUUUGGUAUUGAGCUGAUAGACCAUUCUGCAAGCUCAACGCCAUUGGAGAGGACAUCUGCACAACUUUCUACUAUGACUACGGUUUUAGCUGAACGACUUGACCCAAGCACCCUAUCCUUUACUGAUUCAGAUCAGAAGUCCAACCUUUCAAAAGAUUCUAAAGAGAAGCAGGAACGGCAACGGUUAUCAGCAAAAGAGAUCCAGAGCAGGCAAAGUUGCUCUAGCUUUACAAGAAGUUGUACAAAGGUUCAGAUGCAGGGAAUUGCUGUAGGUCGUGCUGUGGACUUGGCCAUGUUCGAGGGCUACGAUCAGCUAAUAAAUGAACUAGAGGAGAUGUUUGACAUUAAGGGAGAGCUUCGCCCUAGGAAUAAGUGGGAGAUUGUCUACACUGAUGAUGAAGGGGAUAUGAUGCUUGUAGGCGAUGAUCCAUGGCUGGAGUUUUGCAACAUGGUAAGAAGAAUAUUUAUUUGUUCAAGCCAGGAUGUGAAAAAGAUGAGUAGAAGAAGCAAACUUCCCCCGGCUUCCAUUAAAGGUGAAGGGACGAUAACAAGCUCAGACUCAUCCGAAAAAUAAAAUAAGAACCCGUUCGUAAUAUAAUUUUUGGUGGUGGAUUGGGGGGGGGGGGGGGCUAUGAUAUUGGUGUUUCUUGUGAUUGUAAAUAUGAAAUGUACUCUGGCAGUAUAAUCCAUGACCGUAGCUGCUUAGAGCUUAUAAUGCUCCCACUAAUUUAGUUAGCUUCACUGUCCUUUUAGGGGGUUCAAUUUGUACAUAAUCAUUAGGCCAUUAUCUUG